AUGGAACAACAAAUACAUCAAGCGGUUGAAAUAGCGUUAAGCGGGACAGCCGAUCCAACAUUGAAAAACCAAGCAUUUGAGUUCAUCAACCACAUUAAAUCAACAGAGGAAGGAUAUAAAGCAUGUGUAGAUAUUUUGAUCAAAUCAAGCAAUGAAAGCAUUAACGACGGGUUAAAGUUUUUUGUUUACCAAGUGAUCGACGAGAAUAUUGACAAAUUGAGUCAAGAACAGGUGUUUACAUUAAAUCAGGAACUUUUUAAAUGCUUGUCAAGUUAUAUCAACAAUAAUUUACAGGACCCUACUCAUUUGAGAAACAAGUUUGCUCAAAUUCUUGCGAAACAGUUUUGUCAAGUGUAUAUAAACAUUUAUCCCAACUUUAUUAAAGAUUUGCUUGAAUUAAUCAAUGUAUCGGAAGCCACUUCCACUAAUCCCAACAACCUAUUGGCUAUUGAUUACUAUACGAGAGUUUUAAUUGGCAUUCAUUCGGAAAUUGGUGACAAGUACAUCACAAGAUCCCAAGAAAUACAUAAUAGAAAUAAUCUUUUGAAAGAUGCCAUUCGUACUCAGGAUAUGCAACAAAUGGUGACCAGUUGGAUUCAAAUCUUAACUAACCCAUCGUUUGCGCACUCUGAGGAAAUCUUGAACAACACUCUCAAGAUAGUGGGGCAAUACGUAAGCUGGAUGGAGAUUUCCUUGUUUAUUUCACCAGAAUUUAUCAACACAGUUUUCAGCUUUUUACAGAAUUCAAAAUUGAGAAAUACAACUUGUGAAACUUUGAUAGAUAUAAUUUCCAAAAAAAUGGCUCCACAGAAUAAGCUAGAAUUACUUUCAUUAUUGAACUUGACUGAGUUUAUUGGGACAUUAAAUUUAAUCGAAAAAAACAAAAAUGAUGACGACGACGAAGAUGAAGAUGUUGAGUUUAUGGAAUUUGUUGCCAAAUUAUUGAAUCAAAUUGGUCAAGAAUUGUUAAUAGUUUUAGAGAAUCAAUCGGGUUUAUUGGAACAAGUCAACGCUCAAUUGUUCAAGUUGUGGCCAGCAAUUUUGGGGUGCUUGAACCACAAUUAUGAUGAUGUUUCUCAAAAUGUGUUCCCCUUUUUACAACAAUUUUUAACGUUGAGUAAAAAAAACCCUCAAUUGUAUACUGUGGAUUUAAUGUCUACUCUAUUAAAUAAAUUGAUUUUGAAAAUGAGGUUUGAUGACGACGAUGACGGAGUUCUGGAUGAAGACACUCAGGCCCAAUUUUUGGAUUUCAGAGCAAAGUUGAAGAGCUUUCAAGAUACUAUUGCCCUCUUAGAACCACAAUUAUACCUUGAAGCAAUUCCAGUAAUAAUCAACGAGUCUAUCUUUGAGACUAAUGUCGAUGACGUCAACUGGAGAAAAGUAGAAUUGGGAUUGUAUCAAUUGAAUGGGUUUUCUGAUAGUAUUAGAAAUAAUGUCUUCCAAAUUUCGAGAAAUGAAAUCAACCAAAGUAAACCAUACUUGAUUUUCCAAGAGUUUCUCAUCAAGUUGAUCAAUUCAGAUUUAAUCAUGAAAAUAAACCACCCUAUGAUCCAAUCAAACUUUUUCGAAUUGAUCGUCAAGCAUUAUAAUUUCUUGGUUAGUCGAGAAUCAAAUUUUGAAUUGAUCAUCAAGAUUCUACAAAUUUUCACCAGUCCUUUGGGAUUGUUCAACGAAAACGAAAAAGUACGCAUUAGAAGCUGGUACUUGUUUUUCCGAUUCAUCAAAUUAACCAAACCUAAAUUGGAUAACGAAGCAUUGAUCGAAUCUAUUGUUGUGAAGAUGCAACCACUUUUGGUGAUUAAGGCAGAGUUACCAACAAAAGAUGAGGACGACGAUAUCGUUGAAAACGGAAAUUUCAACAAUCAACAAUAUUUAUUUGAAACUAUGGGAUUAUUGAUUUCUUUGAUUCCUAAUGAGUUAUCGCAAUUGAAACUGAAGUUGAUCGAUUUGAUUUUCCAGCCAAUUUUCAAUGACCUAGAAAAAUGUAUUUCCAUCCCUGAAUCUCAACGAGAACCAAUUGUUAUUUUACAGGCACAUCACUCUUUGCAAGCAAUUGGUACUCUAGUACGAGGUUAUGAUUAUGAGUCUGGCUUAAAGUUUUUGCCAGAUGUGGUUGCCAAAAUUGACAAUGCCGCUCAAGUUGUUUUAAUUACCCUAGAAAACUUUUCCAGUCACGAAAUGAUUAGAGAUGCAACCAGAUUUGCCUUUGCCAGAUUCAUUCCGAUUUUCAAAAGUGACAAUGAUAAUAACAACAAAAACAACUUAAUCAUUAGCCAGCAUUUGUCGAAAUUGAUUACUAUUAUUUGGUCAUCCUCAAAUUUGAAAAUUAGUGAGUAUAGUGAUUUCUUAAGUUUCCUUGGGCAAAUUGUCCAUAACUUUAGAACAGAUGACAACAUAUACCAGUUAUUAAAUAACUUUAUAACACCAUUAUUUCAAAAAAUAUUUCAGGUUUUACAAAAUCCAGUUACCGAAGACGAAAACUUGCGACCAGAUAUUAUCAGAGAUAAAAAUUCCCUUAAACGUGCAACUUUGAAUUUCAUUAGUUCAAUUGUUAUGAAUCAUCUUUCAAGUUUGUUGAUCACUGAAUCCAAUAAACAAGAGUUGCCUGAAAUUAUUGGCAAAGUAUUUGAAUAUUCUUAUGAUUUGAGUGAUACGACCACGUCAAAAUUAGCCAUUGUCCAGUUGACUAAUUUUGUCAAUGUUUUUGGUGGAAGUGGGGGUAAAUUGGAUGACAAAGAGGAUAAGUACAGUGAAAAUUUACCACCAAUCGAAGGUAUAGAUGAAUUCUUGAUCAACAAAGUCAUUAACCUCUCGUUUGAAUUACCAUUUCAAAAACAAGAAUUUAAUUUAAAUGAUGCACAGUAUCGAUUAAUUGCUCAAGAAAUUGCCAUAUUGUUAAAGAGUUUUGAAUUGAAAAAACACGACGAAUUUAUAGUUGUUUUGAGUAAUUAUUUGUUAAAUAUGGGAUUAUCUCAAGAUUUGUGUAAUGACUUUUGUUUGAACUUGCACAAUUUGGAUUUAAAAGAUUUUAAAAAGUAUUUUAUCAGUUUUAUCAACAAAAUGAAAAGUGGGAAAUAG